AUGGGGCACUUGCUUAUGCUUUGGAUGGCUUCGGUCAUGUGCUGUUCCGCCUUCAGCACUACUGCCUGGUCAGUGAACAAUUUCCUGAUAACAGGUCCCAAGGCCUAUCUGACCUACACCACCAGUGUGGCCUUGGGUGCUCAGAUUGGCAUCGAAGAGUGUAAGUUCCAGUUCGCUUGGGAGCGAUGGAACUGUCCUGAGCACGCCUUCCAGUUUUCAACUCACAACAGGCUGAGCGGCGCCACGAGAGAGACGUCCUUCCUCCACGCUAUUCGCUCCGCUGGAGUCGUGUAUGCCAUCACCAAGAACUGCAGCAUGGGUGACUUUGAAAACUGUGGCUGUGAUGAGUCCAAAAACGGAAAAACGGGCGGCCAUGGCUGGAUCUGGGGAGGCUGCAGCGACAACGUGGAAUUUGGGGAAAAGAUCUCUAAACUCUUUGUGGACAGUUUGGAGAAAGGGAAGGACGCCAGAGCCCUGGUCAAUCUUCACAACAACAGAGCCGGCAGGCUGGCAGUGAGGGCCGCCCUGAAAAGGACAUGCAAAUGUCAUGGCAUCUCCGGAAGCUGCAGCAUCCAGACGUGCUGGCUGCAGCUGGCUGACUUCCGGCAGCUGGGAGACCACCUGAAGGCCAAAUACGACCGCGCGCUGAAAAUCGAGCUGGAGAAGCGCCAGCUGCGGGCCGCCAACCGGGCCGAGGGCCGCCGGGCCCCCGCAGAGGCCUUCCUCCCCAGCGCAGAGGCCGAGCUCAUUUUCCUGGAGGGCUCCCCCGACUACUGCGCCCGCAACGCCAGCCUGGGCGUCCCGGGCACGGAGGGGCGCGAGUGCCUGCCGCAGGCGCGCGGCGCCUCCCGGUGGGGGCAGCGCAGCUGCGGGCGCCUGUGCACCGAGUGCGGGCUGCAGGUGCAGGAGGAGACGGCGGAGGCCGUGGGCAGCUGCCACUGCAGCUUCCGGUGGUGCUGCACGGUAAGGUGCGGCCAAUGCAGGCGCGUAGUGAGCAGGUUCUACUGCGCGCGCCCUGCUGCAGGCCGCGCCCGGCCCCGGGGCGGGGACAAAGCCUGGUGACGCCACCGACAGCUUCCGGCCUAGAGGACCCGGGCUGGGAAACAACUGGGGUCUCACAGGGUGGGCCUGGGGGCCUGUAGACGACCGUGCGGCCUCCUCCCUGCAGAGCUGAGAUCGGAACUUUGUUCCCCCGGCUUGUAGACCCAGUCUUUCCUGUGCAGUUAUUCUUGGACUUAAGUAGCUCAUUAAAGGAGGAGGUUGAGCCUGGCCUGAUGGCGCCAGCACUCUGGGAGGCAGAGGCAGGCGGAUCUCUUGUGAGUUCCAGGACAGCCUGGUCUACAGAGUUGAGUUCCAGAACAGCCAGGGCUACACAGAUAAACCCUGUCUCAAGACAAAACAACAAAACACAACGAAAGAGGAAGAGAGAGAGAAGAAAAGGAGUUUGAUUUGGGGGUGCGCCACCUAAGGACCCUCAGAGAAUUCGUCGCAUUCAGUUUCAGAUCUCGCUCUGCCCAGCUGUGCUGCUGGGAGUUAGAGCAAAGAAAAGCUAAAGGAAAGGAGUCUGGGGGCUGGAGAGGUGGCUCAGUGGGUUAGGACGCUGGCUGGCCUUCCAGGGGACCAGGUCACUUCCCGGCACCCAGUUGGCGGCCGUGAGCCAUCUGUACUUUCAGUUCCAGGGGAUCCAAUGGCUUCUUCUGGUCUCAGACCGUGCAUAGACAUCUGUGCAAAAUGCCUAUACGUGUAAAAUGAUAAAGUAAAAUUUAAAUUUAAAAAGACAGGAGUUCCGUUCCGCACUGUGAAGGACCAAUUGCAAGUUCUUGCAGAGGAGUGUGGGGCGGGGACUGCUUUCUCCUGCCUCCGGAGUGGUAUUGUGCUGGGUUUGUUUGUUUGUUUGUUUGUUUUGUUUUUAAUCUGCUUGUGCACUUUGAAAAAGCCUCCCCCCUGCCCAACCCCCGUUAAAGUCCAGGAAAACCAGGACCCAGCAUGAGCAAGGAACUUUCUAACACAUACACCAUCUCCAGAGCCAAAAAUGACGAUGAGUGGGCAAAAAGCAUCGCAGAAGAGCGUUUCCCCGAGCGCUACAGGACCUCUCGGCGCUGUUAGUUCCCCGAAUGGGGAACUCAGCUUCAUUUGCAAUAAAUGCUCCUAGGAUACAUCUAAAUAGGACUUUUCUUUAAACAGUGCACAUGCAGGAGCCAGAAGAUUCUGAGUUACGGAUCGUUGUGAGCCACCGUGUGGGUGCUGAGAAUUGAACUCGGGUUGGGCUCUAAAAGGACAAUGAGGCCGGGCUGUCUCAAAAACCAAAAUAAAUAAAAACAAAAACAACCAACCAACAAACAAAACAAAACAACCAGCCGGGUGGUGGUGGCACCGGCCUUUAAUGCCAGCACUCAGGGGCCUGGCCUAUGGGGUGAGUUCCUGAGCAGGCAGGGCUACACAGAGAAACCCUGUCUUGAAAAACAAAAACAGAAGAAAAACAAUAGAAAUAAAGUAACAGGAAAACAAUGCGCACAGAUUUGGGUGUUGUUUCAGAGGAAGUGAGGAAGCCCUUUGAACUCGGGCCGUAUUCAAAGCGUGUUUACCCUCUGGGCUUUGACUUCCUAGGGGGUCUGUACGCCUGCGCCCCGGGACGGUCCUCUCGGAAAGCUGUGCAUUACACUCUCACUGCCUGCCAGGGAAUCUCUGCAAGACGGGGAGAGCUGCCCGCCCCCUUCCCAAGCUGCUGGGCGCCUAACUCUGAAUUUCACAGCCCGGGGAAACGGCCGCGCGGUUGGCCGGGCUCCCUGCGGGGAGGGUUAACGAGUGAAGCGACCGGACUCAGCAGCCCAAAGCAGCCGACGCUCCCUGGUUUACUGUUUGAGGAACAAGAUGCUUCUGUUUCUUUUUUGACUUGCCUACAAUAAACAAAGGUUCUGG